GGUUUCUUCUUUCUUUGGCUUCAAGCUCCAACGCCCCAUUUCUUUCCCGCCGCAUCAUGCUGCAGCGGUGACUCCUGCAGACAAGAUGGCUGCCGCACCAUCUUCUCGUCCCUUUGAAUACCUCGAAAGCCUUGCUGGCACUGUCUUUUACAAACUCUACCAGCAGCCAUCGACGGCUCUCGCCAUUUUCAGGCGCAUGCUGCCUGAUCUGGCAAAAUGCUUUGUCAUGGCACUUCUCUACCUGAAGGAUCCGCUUCCCGCGGCGGAUCUGGAGGCUUGGGUUAAAUCAGAAAGCUUGAAAGAACGCGACAAUGCGCUCUCCAUCCUAGGAAGACUGCAUAUCCUAUCCAACACUGUCACAGCGGAUAACGUCCGCGCCUACAAAGUCACCGACCCGUUCGCCACCUCAUUGCGACAUGCCCUCACCGGCGCCGACCAGACACAAUCCUUUGGCGUCCUUUCACACGUGCCUGCUGGCUCAGAAGUCUCAAUAUCCGAUCUCGAUGAAUAUGCGCGACGACAGUGGGAAGGAGUGCUGGGAUACAUGGUCGGUACCGGAGGCAUGGGAGCUCCCCAAGUGACCCUCAGCAAAGGCGUGAAGGAGCUCCUGCAGGCGGGUCAUCUGGUUGAGAUCCGAGAUCGUCGUGUCGAAAUCACCCAGGAUGGCUUCGCCUUUGUCCUACAGGAUGUCAGCACGCAGGUGUGGCACAUAUUGAUUCUCUACGUCGAGAGCGCCAGCGCCAUCAAGAUGGACAGUGUCGAGGUCCUCUCAUUCGUGUUCCUUCUCAGCAGUCUCGAACUCGGGAAAUCAUACGAAAAGAACCACCUCAGUUCGAAACAACUGCGCAUGCUCACCGACCUUGCCGACUUCGGUAUUGUCUAUCAAGAAUCGCCCGAUGCACCGCGUUUCUACCCCACCCGUCUUGCAACGACGCUCACAUCCGACUCUAGCGCCUUGAGCAACCCGCUCUUGGGCUCCCUCUCCGGUCCUGCCGGCGAAGCCUCCAGCAAAGCGGGUACGGGCUUUAUCAUCAUCGAAACCAACUACCGUGUAUACGCAUAUACCUCAUCUCCCCUACAGAUAUCUCUGAUUGCUCUGUUCACCACACUGAAAUACCGCUUCCCCAACCUCAUCACCGGCAAAAUCACUCGCCAGUCCGUUCGCCGGGCCGUCGAGAUGGGCAUCACCGCCGACCAAAUCAUCUCCUAUCUCUCUACUCACGCCCACCCGCAAAUGCGCAAACACAAUGUCUCUCGCUCGACGUCGAAUCAAGCCGGGAUACCCCCGUCAGUCCUCCCGCCCACCGUAGUGGACCAGAUUCGUCUCUGGCAGCUGGAGCGGGACCGUGUCAAGGCUACAUCCGGAUUCCUAUUCAAGGACUUUGUCAGCCUGGCAGAAUACGAGGCCCCAUGCCGCUAUGCAGAGGAGAUUGGUGUUCUGGCAUGGAAGUCGGAUCGCAAGCGCAUGUUCUUUGUGACGAGGCAUGAACAGGUGGCUGCGUUCCUGAGGAGCCGCAAAUAAAGAUCAGGGUUCAUCAACCCCCACUAAAAAGGUGUUGGCUGAAAUGGUUUGACGGGGCUGAAAAAGGAAUAUACUAUUAUAGCAAAGUUAUGGCUUCUUGCGUUGCAUAGAGGUACGGCAGCUCGGCGUUCUGGCUUCUCGGGGUAUUUUCAUGAAACUGAUGAUAUAUAACCCACCCAAUUCGGAGAAAUGCGAUUGUGAGGUGGGGUCUUACAAACUGUAUAAUAGCUGGGAAAAUCCAAAUAGAAGAAAAG